AUGGAGCAAAUCGAGCAGCGUGCCGUCAUUAAGUACCUCCAUAAGAAGGGGCUAUCAUUAAAAGCCAUCCAUGAUGACAUGGUCAGUACAUUAGGCGAUUGUGCUCUGUCAUAUUCAUCCGUCAAAAAAUGGAUAGCAGAAUUUAAGCGUGGUAGAGAGAGUGUGAAAGAUGAACCCCGCUCUGGAAGGCCUUCGACGUCAACUACUGACGAAAAUAUUACAAAAGUACUUGAUUUAAUAAUGGGAGACCGCAGAUUAAAAAUUAGAGAGAUAGCCGAGAUUAUAGGCAUCUCUUAUGAACAAACUCAAAACAUCAUUGUCAACGAGUUGGGUUUCCACAAGGUGUCUGCGAGGUGGGUUCCGCGACUGCUUUCAGUUGAACAAGUUAUUUGA